UGUCGCACAUCGUGGGCCAUUCGAAACGGGAAGCUGCUGGUGUCUAGUAGUUCGCCGAACAACAUAAGAAACACUAGAUUUUUUAAAAAUUAAUUUCUAUUGAACACAUGUAACUAGUGAUUUGAGCCUCAGUGACACAAUCGCAAAGAUGACUGCAAUUUUUACUAGCGUUUUGGUUACUGGUGCACUCUUUGUGUUCGUUCUGCAGUUACAUGGAGUUCCGUUGCCUGCAGCAGAAGAAGACGGUAUUCAUCCGUUGAAUACCUUGUUCCAGGCGAUCGCCAAUAACAGUAUAGAGGAGAGUGAAACGAACAACAGCACAAAUGGAACCGCCCAGGACUUAUAUGUUAUCAAAGCUGUAGUCUACGAAAUUGGUAUCCUAGUUGAUAGACCGGACAAUGCAAGCGAAGAGAUUGAUGAUGAACAAAUCAGUGAACAGCAAGUGGACCUGACUUUCUUCAGCUCUGGAUCGAACAAAACUCACAUUAACCUGGGUGAUAUCCCGCUGCCGGUAUCGACCAGCGUGAACGGUCAAGUGCUCACCGGAAUCGCCCCAGUUCAUAUCGGGGCGAUAUCCAAUCUGACAGACCUGCUAACGACACUUCCCAUCACCGGAACAAUUGUCAACAUCACCCAAACUAACAGCUCGUUCAUUGAGCUGACUCGGCAGAACAUCAGCGACAUCAGUGACCCGACCAGCAGUAUUGUGAAUGCAGCCGAUCUGGCCAAUCUUCCCAUCGAAACGGUCAGCAACCCGUUGGUGCCGAGUUCCUUAGAUCAAACAAUUACCAAGUUAGCCACCGGUGGCACGUUCUGAGAAGACGAUGAGAAACCGGAUGUAAUAUGCAUACAUCCGACAGCGCGGUGACUUGAGUAGCACUUUGUGACAUCUUUGUUUGUGCCUAAUUAGGAUGUUAAUGUGAUUUUGCUUUUUUGAUGUUGUUUCAUUUAUUGUGAACGAUAGAAGGGAAUGAAGAUGUGUGUUUUGAUA